GUGCCGCCUCAUUUUUCCAGCCUCCGCUUUCCUGCGGUGGAGCUCGUGUCUCCGGGAAGGAUUCCCGGUGCCUGCGGCUUUCCUCCCCCUUGUGCCAUUUAGCUCUGGUGUAGCUGCAGCUGAGGCCUUCCCGGCACCGGGAGCAUCGGAGCGAUCGCCCCACAGACCUGCAGCGAUCGGCACCUGCGUGUCUCUGCCUGCUGGAGUGAUGUGGGAGCCACCUGUUCUGCGUGAAGGACAAGGAACAGACCACUUGGUAAAGGGAAGAAACAAAACAUCCCAUUAAAUGGAAGCCAUGAAGAUAUCAAAGCGGUUCUUCGCUUUUGGGAUUUUGACAUGCAUAGCUGUUUAUGUUGCAUAUGUAAAAUGGCACUUGGGCUCCAAGCCAUUUGUGGGAGCCACAGAAGGAGUUGCUGAAAGCAGGGGAGAUAAACUGACCCAUCAGGCAGUGACCACAGAUCUCUCUGUCUUUUAUGGAAUUAUGUUUGACGCAGGAAGCACGGGAACUCGCAUCCAUAUAUUUAAAUUUGCUCAGCAGCCAAGAGAGACUCCCAGAUUAACCCAUGAGACGUUUAAAGCACUGAAACCAGGUCUGUCUGCAUAUGCUGAUGAUGUAGAAAAGAGUGGCCACGGAAUAAAAGAGCUCCUGGAGGUGGCAAAGAAAGAAGUCCCUAUGGAGCUGUGGAAGUUUACUCCUCUGGUCCUGAAAGCCACAGCUGGCCUACGGUUGCUGCCAGGAGAGAAAGCUCAGAAGUUGCUGGAAAAGGUGAAGGAGAUUUUUCAGGCCUCCCCCUUCUUUGUGAGGGACAAUUGCGUGUCGAUAAUGAAUGGAACUGAUGAAGGUAUUUCAGCCUGGAUCACAAUAAAUUUUUUGACAGGCAGGCUAGAUGACCCACAGAGGAGAAGUGUAGGGAUGCUGGAUUUGGGUGGUGGAUCAACACAGAUCACCUUCCUUCCGCGUACCAAGGCAACUCUCCAGACAUCACCAUCUGGCCACACAACUUCAUUUCAGAUGUUUAACCACACCUACAAGCUGUAUUCCUACAGUUACCUGGGACUUGGGCUGAUGUCAGCAAGGCUUGCCAUUUUGGGAGGAGUUGAGGGAAAACCCUUAGGAGAAGGAGAGGAAUUGAUCAGCCCUUGUUUACCACCUGGCUUCAAAUCUGAAUGGCAACACGCUGAAAUAGUGUACAAAAUUAAAGGACAGAAGGCAGGUGAGCCUCUGUAUGAGUCUUGUUCUAAUAAAGUGGCAAAGAUGCUCUACAAGAAAGUGCAUAGAGCUGGGGAAGUGAAGGACCUGGACUUUUACAUUUUCUCCUACUACUAUGACUGUGCAGCAGAGGCUGGUCUCAUAGAUAAAGAAAAAGGAGGAAGCUUAACUGUCAGUGACUUUGAAAUUGCAGCAAAAUAUGUUUGUAAGACCAUGGAAAUCAGCCCUGGAAACAACCCUUUUCUCUGCAUGGACCUCACAUACAUCACCUUCCUGCUGCAGGAACUGGGCUUCCCUGAGAGCCAAAGCUUUAAGGUGAAGCUCAAAGUGGAUUUCUGGGGAGAUGCCGGGUAUGCAGGCAGGGAGUGA